AUGGACGGAGACCCCAAGACAGGCCUGGAGGGUGGAGGGUCGUUCAGAAGAUUGGGGAAUCCCCGAAGGACCCAGGAGGGAGGAAAGAAAUUUCAGUGCCCAGAAUGCGAAAAAUCCUUCGUAAAAAAUGGACAUCUUAAAAAGCAUCUAAGCAUCCACACAGGAGAGAAGAAAUAUGAAUGCCUGGAAUGUGAAAAAUCCUUCAGAACAAAUAACCUUUUGCAAAGCCAUCUAAAAAUCCACUCAGGAGAGAAACUUCAUAAAUGCCUGGAGUGUGGAAAGAGCUUCAGGCAUUUGGGAAACUUUUAUAGACAUCAAAAGAUCCACUGGAGAGAAAAACCAAAUAAAUUCCUGGAGGGUGGAGGGUCCCUUGGAAGACCCAGGAAUCCCCGAAGGAUCCAGGUGGGAGAAAAGAAGUAUCAAUGCCUGGAAUGUGAAAAAUUCUUCCAAAAAAAUGGACAUUUUCAAAGGCAUUUAAGGAUCCACUUGCGAGAAAAGAAAUUUGAAUGCCCAGAAUGUGAAAAAUCUUUCCAAAGAAAUGGACAUCUUGUAAACCAUCUAAGAAUCCACUCAGGAGAGAAACCAUAUAAAUGUCUGGAAUGUGGAAAGAGCUUUGUUAUUGUUGGACACCUCAAUCAACAUCAAAUGAUUCACUCAGGAGAGAAACCUUAUAAAUGUCUGGAAUGUGGUAAGAGUUUCAAUAGGAGGGGAAACCUUUAUAAACAUCAAAGAAUCCACACUGGAGAAAAACCAUAUAAAUGCCUGGAGUGUGGAAAGAGCUUCAAUAGGAGGGAAAAUCUUUAUACACAUGAAAGAAUCCAUUCAGGGGAAAAACCAUAUAAAUGCUUGGAAUGUGGAAAGAGCUUGAGGCAGAAGAGAAGCCUUAAUAGGCAUCAAAUAAUCCAUUCAUUAGAGCAACAAGAUAAAUUCCUGGUGUAUGGAAAGACAUUCAAUCACAGAAGAAACUAUUAUAAAUAUCUCAGAAUCCACUCAGGAGAGAAUCCGUAUAAGUGCCUAGAUUGUGGAAGGAGCUUUAUUGAGGGUGGACAUCUCCGUCAACAUCAAAGAAUCCACACGGGAGAGAAACCCUAUAAAUGCCUGGAGUGUGGAAAGAGCUUCAGUCAGACGAGCAACCUUUAUACACAUCAAAGAAUCCACACACGAGAAAAACCGCAUAAAUGCCUGGAGUGUGGAAAGAGCUUCAGUCAUAACAGCAGCCUUUAUAAACAUCAAAGAAUCCAUUUACAAAAACAGUAUGAAUGCUGGGAAUGUGAAGAAAGCUUCAAACUAUCCAAAUCCUUGAAAGAAGAAUCCACAAGGCAUGUAUAAAACCCUACAGGAGAAAAUCCCUACAAAGACCUCAAGUGUGCAAUGUGCUUUCCUCAGGGUCCAAACCUCCCAUCAACAUCAAAGAAUUCACACAGGAGAGAAACCCAAUAACUGCCUCGAAUGUGGAGUUUCAGUAGGAGAGGAACUCUGUAUGGACAUCAAAUGAUUCACA